AUGACGAGUGAGGAGGAGGAAGGCCCCGGGGUUGCAACAUCAACAGCAACGCCACCGUCAGCGGCAACAAUCUCAAGGGUCACAACAGCCAUAGCCAGGGGCGAUAGCGAUGACGCCGUCACUUCCUCCUCCCCUCGCAGGCCCUCCCCGUACCACCUCCCAUGUCCCAAGAAAAAGGAGGAGAAAGAGGAAGAAAUAGAGGAGGAAGGGAUUAUUCAGGAAGAGAGGAUCGAGGAGGAGGAGAAGGUGCUGGAGUGCGAUGGGGAUGAUGGGGACGAUGGGGAUGAUGAAGAUGACGAUGACAGCAGUGAUACCAGUGUGUUGGUGGUGCCCUAUCCCGAGCUGGCGCCUGUGGUCUUCUUCUGCCUCAAACAGACGACCUGUCCUCGUAGCUGGUGCAUCCGCAUGGUCUCCAGCCCGUGGUUCGAGCGGGUGAGUAUGAUGGUGAUCUUGUUGAACUGCGUGACCCUGGGAAUGUACCAGCCCUGCGAAAACAUCGACUGCUCCUCAGACCGAUGCCAAAUACUACAGGCUUUUGAUGCAUUCAUCUACAUCUUCUUCGCUCUAGAGAUGGUUAUAAAGAUGGUCGCUCUGGGGAUCUUUGGUCGACACUGUUACCUUGGGGACACAUGGAACCGACUGGAUUUCUUCAUCGUCAUGGCAGGGAUGGUUGAAUACUCAUUGGACCUGCAGAACGUCAACUUCACCGCCAUCAGAACAGUGAGGGUACUGCGACCUCUCAAAGCAAUUAACAGGGUGCCAAGCAUGCGCAUCCUCGUGAACCUGCUGUUGGACACUUUGCCCAUGCUGGGUAACGUCCUCCUCCUCUGCUUCUUCGUCUUCUUCAUCUUCGGCAUCAUCGGCGUGCAGCUGUGGGCGGGGCUGCUGAGGAACCGCUGCUACCCGGAGGAGAACUUCACACUCACCACGGGUAUCAGUCUGCCUCGGCCGUACUACAUGGCUGACGAGGAUGACGAGCGGCCCUUUAUCUGCUCUUUGCCAGUCGAUAACGGCAUCAUGUCCUGCUCUGACGUCCCAGCUCGCCGUGGGGGAGGCAGGGCAUGCUGCCUGGACAAAGAUGAUGUCCUGUACCGCCAGUCAUUGGGCCUGAGCCCCGAGCCUCUGGCCAAUGGCAGUGUCAGUGUAGCAGGGCUCUGUGUCAACUGGAACCAGUACUACACAAGGUGCCAUACUGGGCACAGCAACCCCCACAAAGGAGCAAUCAACUUUGACAACAUUGCCUAUGCCUGGAUUGUCAUCUUCCAGGUGAUCACUCUGGAGGGCUGGGUGGAGAUCAUGUACUAUGUGAUGGAUGCUCAUUCCUUCUACAACUUCAUCUACUUCAUUCUACUGAUUAUUGUCGGUUCCUUCUUCAUGAUCAACCUGUGCCUCGUGGUCAUCGCCACCCAGUUCUCAGAGACGAAGCAGAGGGAGCACCAGCUGAUGCAGGAGCAGCGAGCGCGGUGUUCGUCGUCCUCCACUCUGGCCAGUGAACCAGGGGACUGCUAUGAGGAACUCUUCCAGCUGGUCUGCCACAUCCUCCGCAAGUUCAGGAGGCAAAGUGUUGUGCUUUUCAACACCCUGCGGGGGAAACCACGUGGGUUUCGGGGUGUCGGAAGAGGCAGAGGAGCGGAAGAAGCGAGGGAGAGGAGGGCCAAUGGAAGGGGAGGAUGUGAGAGGAGAGCAGUGAUGAGGCGCGGUCCACCCUGUCCUCAUCAUAACAGACCUGACCAUGCCUCACCCAUGGCCCUCACUGCCACCUCUGCUACCGAUGGCUGUCCUCAGUGCGCCGCAGCCUUGUCACUCGCAGACGGGGUGGGACCAGCUCGCAGUGCCGUAAACGAUGAAGCAGAAGAAGGAGCUGUGGAGGAAACUGACAGGGACGGCGGACAUUCUGGUGGUAAAGAGAAGGGUGAGAAAGGCAAAGAAGGUGAAGGGGGCCGUGUUGGCUGUAAUCCUAAGAAGCGAUGCAAGGAGCUGUGGCAUGACAUUAGGAUGAAGCUGUGGGGAAUCGUGGAGAGCAAGUACUUUAACCGAGGCAUCAUGAUCGCUAUCCUGAUCAACACCAUCAGCAUGGGAAUCGAGCACCACGAGCAGCCAGAGGAGCUCACUAAUGUUUUGGAGAUCUGCAACAUCGUCUUCACCAGCAUGUUCUCCUUGGAGAUGAUCCUCAAACUUACUGCGUUUGGCUCCUUCAGCUACCUGAGAAACCCCUACAACGUCUUUGAUGGAGUCAUUGUCAUCAUAAGUGUGUGUGAGAUUGUUGGCCAGUCCGAUGGCGGUUUGUCUGUGCUGAGGACCUUCAGAUUGCUGAGGGUGCUUAAGCUGGUAAGGUUCAUGCCAGCGCUGAGGAGACAGCUUGUGGUCCUCAUGAAGACCAUGGACAAUGUGGCCACCUUCUGCAUGCUUCUCAUGCUCUUUAUCUUCAUCUUCAGUAUCCUGGGGAUGCACAUCUUUGGCUGUAAGUUCAGUCUCAAGACAGAAACCGGUGACACAGUACCAGAUAGGAAGAACUUUGACUCCCUGCUCUGGGCCAUAGUCACUGUUUUCCAGAUUCUGACCCAGGAGGACUGGAAUGCUGUUUUGUACAACGGUAUGGCAGCCACCUCACCACUUGCUGCUCUUUACUUUGUGGCCCUCAUGACCUUUGGAAACUACGUCCUCUUCAACCUGCUGGUGGCCAUCUUGGUUGAAGGCUUUCAGGCAGAGGGUGAUGCCAACCGUUCUUAUUCGGAUGACGACCACUCCUCGUCCAACUUUGACGAGAGCGAGAAACACGACUCCAUAAAGUUGUCAGACCCAAGAAUCUGCACGCUGACACCCAACGGCCACCUGGAGCUUGGGGCUGUUUCGGGGCCCAGGGGGUCCUACUCCUCAGAGAGGCGCAGCUUCACCAUGGAGUCCAGAAAGAGCAGUGUGAUGAGCCUUGGCAAGAACAGCCUGGAGAGACGCUCCCUUUCUCUGCGUCAUGGUCGCAGUCCCAACUACCACAACUGGGGGCGCCCUUUCCCUCCACAGUCUGCUUGGAGCCGCAGGUCUAGCUCAAACAGUCUGGGUCGAAGGAGUUAUGGGUUCGGCGGUGCUCCUAUAGUGGGAGGCAGCCUCCGCGUGCACAGCACCCGCUCUCCCCACUCCUACAUCUAUGCCGCCGAGCAGGAGUCCCUUCUCUCCCACCCACCACACUCCCAUCAUGCUCUACCCCCUCAUCAUCCACCUCCACCCCCACUGUUCCUCUCCAGACACUCAGCUGUGAGGAGAGAUAGACGGGCUCUUUCAUUGGAGCUCCCAGAGCUGCUACGGGCAGGCGGACAGCCCCCAGGCCUGCCUCCUGUCCACCCGGACCCCGGGAGGAGGAGUGGAUCUGGGGCUGGUGGAUCCAUCACUGGGGGGUCUGGAGCUGGUAGUGGUUUAGGAUUGGACCAUCGGGACUGUAAUGGCAAGGCCCCGGGUCCCCACACUCAGCUGAUAACUGAUGUUUUCCCUCAAGUCAACGCACGCAAAGACAGAGCAGACCUCGAUGAAGAGACGGAUUAUAGUUUGUGUUUCCGUAUCCAGAAGAUGAUGGAGGUUUACAAGCCAGAUUGGUGUGAAACCAGAGAGGAAUGGUCCGUCUACAUGUUCUCCCCUCAGAACAAGUUCAGACUGCUCUGCCAGUCCAUUAUCGCCCAUAAGCUCUUUGACUAUGUGGUCCUGGCCUUCAUCUUUCUCAACUGCAUCACAGUGGCUCUGGAGAGGCCCAAGAUAAUGCAAGGCAGUCUGGAAAGGCUGUUUCUGACUAUUUCCAACUACAUCUUUACUGCAAUCUUUGUUGCGGAGAUGACUGUCAAGGUGGUGUCCAUGGGUCUGUACCUCGGGGAGAAAGCCUAUCUGAGGAGCAGCUGGAACAUUCUCGACGGUUUCCUCGUGUUCGUGUCUCUGAUUGACAUUGUGGUGUCGAUGGCGGGCGGGGCGAAGAUCCUCGGGGUUCUCCGUGUUCUCAGGCUGCUCAGGACGCUACGCCCCCUCAGGGUGAUCAGCAGAGCUCCAGGGCUGAAGUUGGUAGUUGAGACUCUCAUCACGUCCCUCAAGCCCAUCGGCAACAUCGUCCUCAUCUGCUGCGCCUUCUUCAUUAUCUUUGGUAUCCUCGGUGUUCAGCUCUUCAAAGGGAAGUUCUACUAUUGUGUGGGCUUCGAUGUGAAGAACAUCACUAACAAAUCCGACUGUCUGGCUGCCAACUAUCGAUGGGUUCACCACAAAUACAACUUUGACAACCUUGGACAGGCUCUUAUGUCCCUGUUUGUGCUGGCCUCAAAAGAUGGCUGGGUCAACAUCAUGUACCACGGACUAGACGCAGUUGGAAUAGACCAGCAGCCGCUGAUAAACAACAAUCCAUGGAUGCUGCUCUACUUCAUCUCCUUCCUCUUGAUCGUCAGCUUCUUCGUACUCAACAUGUUCGUGGGCGUUGUGGUGGAGAACUUCCACAAGUGUCGCCAGCACCAGGAGGUGGAGGAGGCCAGGCGACGGGAGGAGAAACGCCAACGUCGCAUGGAGAAGAAGAGGAGGAAGGCCCAGAAGCUGCCCUACUAUGCGUCAUACGGCAGAGCCCGCCUGGCGAUCCACACUCUGUGUACCAGCCACUACCUUGACCUGGUCAUCACCUUUAUCAUCUGCAUCAAUGUCAUCACCAUGUCCCUGGAGCACUACAGCCAGCCACAGUCUCUGGAGACAGCACUGAAGUACUGCAACUACUUCUUCACCUCCACAUUUGUGAUUGAAGCCUCUCUGAAGCUGGUGGCCUUUGGCUUUCGACGCUUCUUCAAGGACAGAUGGAACCAGUUGGACUUGGCCAUUGUGCUGCUGUCAGUGAUGGGCAUCACCCUGGAAGAGAUUGAGAUCAAUGCCUCACUUCCAAUCAACCCCACCAUCAUCAGGAUCAUGAGGGUACUCAGGAUAGCACGAGUGUUGAAGCUGUUGAAGAUGGCAACUGGGAUGAGAGCUCUGCUAGAUACAGUGGUCCAGGCUCUGCCUCAGGUGGGAAACCUCGGUCUGCUCUUCAUGUUGCUGUUUUUCAUCUACGCAGCUCUGGGAGUGGAGCUGUUUGGAGAGCUGGUGUGUAACGCUGACUACCCGUGUGAAGGAAUGAGCCGACACGCCACCUUUGAAAACUUUGGAAUGGCCUUCCUCACACUUUUCCAAGUUUCCACCGGCGACAACUGGAAUGGCAUCAUGAAGGACACACUGAGGGAAUGCCCACCGAGUCAUCCUGCCACCGACUACGGCUGCCACGCUGGACUACAGUUCAUCUCCCCAAUGUAUUUCGUGUCCUUUGUGCUCACGGCUCAGUUUGUCCUGAUCAACGUGGUGGUGGCCGUGCUCAUGAAGCACCUGGACGAUUCCAACAAGGAGGCUCAGGAGGACGCCGAGAUGGAUGCCGAGAUCGAGCUGGAGCUGGCUCAGGGAGGCCUCUGCUGCAUGAUGGGGGGCAUCGGCGCCAUCGCCGGGGCCACGGGAGGCGCUGCGAGCGGGGCCGGCAUUGGCGGAGGAGCAUCUGGUGCAGUUACAGCGGGGACAGUCGGGGGUCCAAGUGGAGGGGUGAUGGCGCCACUACGGGAUGGAGGAGGAAGCGGUGCGGCUCAUGAGGGACACACACACCAUCGAUGUCGGCUCUACUCUCCUGCUCAGGAGAGCCAGUGGCUGGACAGUGUGUCUCUGCUGAUUAAGGACUCGUUGGAAGGGGACAUGAUUGACAACCUCUCUGGGUCAGUUUUCCAUCACUACUGCUCUCCUCCUGUCUGCAAGGACUGUAAGAGCCACCCACAAGAGAUCCAACUGGCGGAGGUGGAGCAGGCAUCUCUGAUGUCGGAGCAGCUGUCAGACAAGUCGUCGUCCCCGGCGCUGCCCGAUGACCUCAGCCUGGAUGAACACAGCAGCUACCAGCUGCUGGUAAGAGGCAGCCAGAGGGGCAGCAGUGACUCCCAUAGUUCGGAGGAGUUGCUCGCCCAGGGGGACUACAGGGGGCUUCGUCUCGCCAGCUCAGUAAGCGAGGAGAGGGUCCAGGAGUUGUUUGAGGUGGGCGUCCAUCCUCAGUUGAACCCUCCUGCGACUGAGCGGCCAAGCCCGGAACAUUGCACAGAUGGAGAUGGAGAAAGCUGCAGUGGAGGCGGUGGCGGAUCUUCACCCGUCUUCCACCUGCCAGCAGACUUCUUCCACCCGGCUGCCGCGGCUCAUCCGAGCAGUCCUGGGAAAAGUGUUAGCCCAGGAGACAGAGGGCCAUCUAGGUUGCCCUCCCCAGCCUCCUGGGCCUCCCUCCGCUCACCCGGAGCCAACAGCAGGCCCUUGAGCUCUCAGCACCCAUCCCACAGUGACUCCUCCCUGGCCACAGGCAGCUCAGAAGGCAGCCUGCAGACCACUCUAGAAGAAGGACUCAGCUUUAGCGUGUCCCCACCUCGAGAUCUGGAUCUCCCCAUGCCUCACGUCUGCCCCCUCCCCAGCAACCCUUUACACCGCCAGGGACCGGCCACAGGAGACCAGGGCCACUCUUUACUAAAGAGACGCAGUACUACUUUUACCCUCCAAGCCACUAGAGGGCACCAGAGGAGCCAGAGCAGCUGCGGCGGUGGCAGCACCAGUCCUGGCUGCCCCCGGCAGGACUCCAUGGACCCUUCAGACGAGGACGUGGGCACGGGGACGGGUGGGGACGGCUGCCGGCAGACCCUUAACAGCGAACACUUGUCAGAAACACUGAACAGCCUCUCGUUGACGUCGCUUCUAACCCCGUGUUCUCUGGCGCCCCCGCUGGUGAAGAAAUGUAACAGCACAGGCUCGCUGGACCAAACCAAUCUAUUGGCACGGAGUAAAGAUGCUCGCCAUCUCUGCGGCAUAGAUGCUCAUGGUUAUUUGUCCAACACCUGGACGGAGGGGAGUGCAAGAGGUGAGGAGGAGGACAGUGACAUCAGCCGGCCCACAGACUCCAGCUCUAGGAAAAAUAGAUGAAACACUUGUUGCCUCUCUGAAGUGGAACUCUUUAACAAUUUGCAUUUCUGGACCUUAAACGGAACAAGAAGAGACUUUUAGUAAAGGUUAUCUCUUUUCUUUGAAUUGACUAUUCUCUCACAUCUGUCCUCGGAUCUGGCUGUUUGGGAUCAGUCAUUUCUCAAAAGAAGACAGUUGCUUCUGAGUUCUGGCAUCCUCUCUUUACUGCAGGAUAUGUGGUCGCUCUUUGAAAGGACUUAACAAUAACAACAAGGGGCUUAGCCCUUUGGCAUAACCGGGAUUCAACCUUGAGAGACGUGGCAGUCCUGAAAUACAGAAUAUUCGGAAAGGUAUCAGAGAGACAGGCCUGAAAAGUGCAGCAAUUGAUGGACAUGAUGUUAUUUAUAUGAAAACUGCUAAAAAAUUCAAAAACACAAAUUGCUUGACCCAACGUGCCCUCAACCUUUGUGCAAAAACAGUGUUGUCAAAAUCGGACAGAUGGCAAACUGACGCUUCUUUUGAGGAAGAACUGAACUUUGUACAGUGUUUUUUGUAACAACCAUCGCUAACAGUAGCAUCGACCAACCUUUUUUCCUCUUUGGCAGAUUCGGUGGGAAACAGAAUUGAAAGGUCGUAUUUUUUUCCGUGUUCCUUUUUCAACUUCAGUGUAUUGAAGUUAUGUGAAUGUAGACACGUCUGUCUCCGUUGUGUGAGGGAAAGGGAGACCAAGGCAAGCAAGGAGCCUGGCAAGUCUGAAAAUUGACAAAAGGGCGUCUUUGAAUAGAAGACUGGAUAUGGGACUGCUGCUGAGAAUACAUGUGGGUUGUCAGUGGAGCGUUGGCUACUUUCAGAGUGGACUCUUUGUGCUUUCUACAUACCCAUGAAAGGGCUAAAAUGUAUUGAGUGCAGACCUGGGCCAAAACCUAAUGGCAAAUAAUCUUUUGCUAACAUAACACAUUGUUGAAGAGUGUGUUUUAGGUACAUUCAGCAUUCUGAUGCCUAUAAUAUAUAAGUAAGAGAGAUGUGUCACUGUUGGUUGGAUUUCUCAGAAAAUAUUUCAAAUUUCCUAAAAAAAAACAUAUUUAACAAAUUUAAAAAGAUUUUUAAAAUCAUACCCCAGAAAUCAAAAGACUUCCAGCUGCUUCACCCUCCACUUACAUGUUGAAUGGGUGGCAAUGAUUCCUACAUGUCAAUAACAUACUUUACGAGGCAGGAGGUAAAAAAAAGCUUGUUUUGGAGAUGGUUUGAUGUCACCCAGUUUUCUUUGAGUUCUUCAGGUUCUCCCUCAGUGCAACACACCCACAGGGUCUCCACUUUUGCAUUUAUGGUUCCAUGGAUGGCAUUAACAGUCUGUCGGUCACUUCGGUCUAGACUGAAAUAUCUCAAGUGUUGGAUUGCCAUUAAAUUUUGUACAGUCAUUCGUGGUGUCUCGACAACCUUUGGUGAACCUCUAAAUUUUCAUGCAGCACCAGCAGCAGCUCAAAGGUCUCUGAUCCAUUGACAGAUCUCAACAGUCUAAGACAUGGAUUGGCAAAAAACUUUUAAUAACUUUC